CGCCGUACUAAGACCCCGAAGGCCGCUGCCUUUGGCGCGUGCGCAGUAAGAGCUCAGCCGGAGGAUAAAGAAAACACACACAACCUUCCCAACCGAAAAUCACGUGACUGAGAAGCCAGUCAAGAUGGCGUCCUUGGAAGAAGAAGGGCAGUGGGAGGAGAGAGAGAAGACUGAGAAGAUGGGAAAUAACAAGGAUGGGAAACCAUUAAUGAAGAGAAGCGCUGCGUGUAACGAUGGUUCUGUUGCAGAGAGAUUAAUUCCCGUAGACCAUAAACCUGUUCCAUGUGGAUGGGAAAGAAUUGUGAAACAAAGAAUGUCUGGGAAAACUGCAGGAAAAUAUGAUAUUUAUCUUAUCAGUCCUCAAGGAGUGAAGCUCAGAUCCAAACGUGCCCUUGUGAAUUACCUUCGCAAAAGUGGAGAGACUUUUCUUAAGCUAGAAGAUUUUGACUUUACUACCCCUUCCAAAAGUGACCCCAAGCCAAGACUCCAAGAUGAUAAUGCAGAAGUUCUGGCAACCCAAUUACAGAAUGAGAGUAACGGUCCGAAGCCACACAGCCCGCAAAAAAGGCUAGACAAAGAUGCAUUUCUUCUGUCAAGUAACAUUUCUAAAUCGCAGAAUACAAGUGAACUUUCUGACGGCUCUUCUGUCCAAAUGCUGUGGAAGGAAGGCUCGAGCGAUUGCCACGUUAGCGCUAAGAAGCGUGUUAGAAAGGCCAAAGGAAAAAGGAUGGUUCCUAAAGGGGCUCAAAUUAAGAAAGCUAAAGCAGGCUGUAGAAAAAAUCAUUCAGAUUUCACUCAGAGCAGAAGCAAAGCAUCAUGUAAUGUAAGCGAGGCUGAAGACAUUCAAAUUUCUGAAAUCCACCUCAAGAAAACACAGUGCUAUGCUGAUCACACUAGAGUGAGUGACAAGAAUGUAAACGAUGCCAACAAAGAAGAAAGAGGGCUUGAAAGAGAUGAAUUAUUGGCUCCAGGAUCAGAUCCAGAAUUGCAUCAAAGACAAGUAACUUCCGUCACCAAAAACAGUUCACAUCCUGCAGAAGGUCCAGAUUUCAACGAGAAGAAUGGGGAUGUUUCUGCAGACUGUGACCAGACUGUUACAGAAACUGAACCUGGUGAAGCAAAGGAGUAUUUGCAUACUGACAUUUUCAAGUCUGUUACUGAAAUUGGCAUCCCCAGCUCACAGUAUGAGAGAGAUUUUACCGUUAUGAAAAAAAGGAAAGAUGCCGCCGUCCCCCGACCACACAUUGACAGAAGGAAAACCAGCCUCUAUUUUUCCACCAAACACCCCAAUGAAGCUCUUAGCCCGCCACGACGAAAAGCAUUCAGGAAGUGGACUCCUCCUCGUUCGCCGUAUAAUCUCGUUCAAGAAAUUCUCUUUCACGAUCCCUGGAAGUUACUCAUUGCUACCAUAUUUCUCAAUAGGACCUCAGGCAAGAUGGCGAUACCCGUGCUCUGGGAGUUUUUGGAGAAAUACCCUUCGGCUGAAGUAGCCAGAACUGCCGAUUGGAAAGAAGUGUCAGAACUCCUUAAACCUCUUGGCCUCUAUGACCUCAGAGCCAAGACCAUUGUCAAAUUUUCAGAUGAAUACCUGACAAAGCAGUGGAAGUACCCAAUUGAACUGCACGGGAUUGGAAAGUAUGGCAACGAUUCCUAUCGAAUUUUUUGUAUCAAUGAAUGGAAACAGGUCCAUCCUGAAGAUCACAAGUUGAAUAAAUACCAUGACUGGCUCUGGGAAAAUCAUGAAAAACUGAAUCUUAGUUGAAAAUAUUAAUAAUCCAGAUUUACUCUUCAAUGCUUGGCACCUCCUUUUAGAGAAACAGUUUAUUAAAUUGCUCCUGCUACUUUCUUCCUUUCCACAAAUCUUUUUUAAAAAGUAAGUGGAUGGAAUUCCAGAAUUGCUGCAUGUUCGAGACAUUUUCAUAUAUAUGUGCUGUGUGUGUAGUCGUUCUAACUCGGGCCAGAAAGGUUUUUAUUUUUUUAAAAAUAAAUCAUAACUGUUU